UCUACGAUUAGCAGCUGCACAGUCAACAAGAAAAGAUGGCUACUACCCCGCGUGAACGAAGUUCUGCUGGCUGGCCCAGAGGAAGGUCUGUUUCAGACUCUAGCAAUCACAAAAGUACAGCUGGUGUGCAUCGUGAAAGGACAGCAAUAUUAUAUCCUUUGACAAACUACACAUUUGGGACCAAAGAGCCCCUGUAUGAGAAAGAUUCCAGUGUACCAGCCAGGUUCCAACGGAUGAAAGAUGAAUUCCAGAAGAUGGGCACAAGGCGGUCUGUAGAGGGAGUCCUCAUCGUUCAUGAACAUGAUCUUCCUCAUGUUUUAUUGCUGCAGUUGGGCACAACAUUUUUUAAAUUGCCUGGUGGAGAACUCAAAGCUGGAGAAGACGAGAUGGAUGGUCUCAAGAGACUCAUGACAGAAAUUCUUGGAAGACAAGAUGGUGUCCAGCAAGACUGGAUGGUAGAAGAUAUCAUUGCGAACUGGUACAGACCUAACUUUGAACCUCCUCAAUAUCCUUACAUUCCAGCUCAUAUAACAAAGCCAAAGGAACAUAAAAAACUCUACUUUGUACAACUAGCGGAAAAGGCCCUAUUUGCUGUUCCAAGGAAUUACAAGCUGGUAGCAGCGCCUCUCUUUGAACUCUACGACAAUUCACCAGGAUAUGGUCCAGUCAUAUCCAGCUUACCGCAGCUACUUAGCAGAUUCAACUUCAUUUACCAGUAAUCAAGCAAUCAAGAUAUUCUGUUGAUGUCGGCAUGUAAGCUAGUUAGCAGCUUCGAUCCACAAAAAGACUGCUUUUUAAUCUCACUUUUGUAAAUAUAGUCUGUAGGAGCAGUGGAAGCACAAUACAGAUCGUGAACCUUGUGUCUCAAAAAUUUGAACGGACAAUUUUUAACAGCGAAUUCAGUAUCAAGGAGGCACAAAAGAUAUGUAUGGUCUGACAGUUCACUUAUUGUCGAACAAAUUGUCACUUUCUUCCAUCCUAGCGUAUGUGAUGUAGUUUGCUCAGAGGGUGUGAUUUUGUAGGAAAUCAUGAAUUUUUAGUCACAUGAGGAAUUCAACCAAACAUUUAUGUUGAUACUGUCAUUCAGAUUGUACAAGUUGUAUCUCUGUAGAUGAAAUAAUUCUUUGGCAUGAACAGCUUUGCUCAACUUUGCCAGGUUCAAUGUUUCAUGUGCACCUUGUGAAAAUUAAGAUUUUUUGUUCACAAUAUACAAUGUACAGGAAUACCAUCAUGGGAGAUUGUCUAAGGCAGUUCUGAUCAAUUUUGAUGCAGAAUCUUAAUCAUUUCACUGUGAAACUGCUGAUUUAUGAUUAUGACCUUAUUAACAUGACAUACAAACAAUUAUGAAAAUGCAUAUUUUGUCUCAUGUUUACGGAAACUUUAGAUAGAGGCAUUGAUUUCUAAUCAUCCUCAAACUACACCCGCACCAUGCCCCAUAUCCAUAUGUAAAUAGUACUUUGUUUAUGUAAAUAUCUUGAUUGUUUUGUAAGUUUUGUACGAUAGGUCCCUCACCUGUUGCUGAAUGUAAGUGUACUGAAUGCCAUUCUCGCGAUCUGAUUAUUGUUUGAUAGGAAUAAGUAUGUUGACUGCACAGUGUUCACUAUCAACAUUUAAACAUAAUGCAAGGGAUUUUAUUCUUGAACGCUUGUAUUCUACUCAAACUUAAACUUAACGCCAAGCCUAAGCUUUUGUUCCGAAUUGGGUUUUAGAAUUGAAGUUAGGCUGAGAUCUAAGUUUUCCUUUGUUAAACGUGAUCUUAGAUCCAGCUUUGGGAUUUAUUAAAUUAUAUGUUGUAGAAAAACUGACCUCGUUGUGAAAGGAAUCAGAUGGUCUUUGUUUGGACCACAUAUUAAGAACACAUGAUGUAUUCUCUUAUUUUUAAGGUUUUUUAUUCAAACUGAUGAUGAUUAUAAACAGGAUACAUUACAUUUAUCCCAAUCGUACUGAUGCUAAGUCUAAUGGAUUCAGCGAUGUGAUCAUGCGCUCUUUAUGUUCUCACGCAUUUAUCAAUGUGUGCACCAUUAUCUGUCGUUAGAUGUACUCAUAUGCAUGUCUAUUAUAAUGCACAACAAAGGUUAACGCGAUAUGAUGGCAGUAAAAUAAAUUAUAUUGAGCUCAUUUUCCUACAUUUUAUGUCAGUUGAGUGUGUACAUGUAAGUUGCUUGAGUGAGCUUGUUGUCAUCCGAGAUACAGAUUGUCAUGAUCUCUGUAUCUCUAUAUUCCGCAUGUAUCAUCUUAAUGGAUCUCAGUCUAGUGAUGGCAAACAAGUAGGUACUGUGCAAGAGCAAUUGAAACAUGGACAAUGUACACACAUUGAAGG